AUGUCGUCGUUACCAGCAUCGGCGCUGCCAAGAUGCGUCUCUCUGAGGUCUGGGGGCAACAAUUUCCUGUACCUGGGCGACCGGAAUGCCACGAGCAAGGAGGGCAUCGUCACACGUUUGGCCAGUACUGGUACACUGCUGGUUGGCAUCACGGACGAGCUCGAGGAGGAUAUGUCCAAGCCGUUAUGCACCUUGCUUAGGCUCACCAUCGAGAUGUCGUGGUUUACCCAUCCUAUGAAGGGAGAAGAUGUUGGAGUUCUUUCCAGUUCUGAGUCUUCUGACUCAUUGAAUAGCUUGCACACACUCUAUGACAUGGGAGAGCAAAUAAUUUUGCCUCCAGAUGUGGCUAUCAAAGGCGACAACGGCUUGUACCUAAGAUGGAAGAAAUUCAAUAGUGGUUAUACAUAUUUUCCAUUUGAAUCAAGUGAUAUUGCAGAUUCAUCUCUGGGUUGGAUCACGUUGGGUGACACAAAAGAGAUGGCUGGCACUGAGGAUUUAUUCAAGGUGUUUGAAUUUGGUGAUCACUUUGCACUUCAAAGCAUCGACGAUGGUCAUUUCUGUGUGAGGUCUACUGAUGAUUGCAUUGCUGCUGGCACUGGGAUAUUCACGAAGGAAGCAAGAGUACAGUUCGAAGAACCAAUUAUCAGUCGAGAGAUCUACAAUAUUCAGUAUCAUAUAGAAGACCGUCAUAGAAUUUAUGACAGCACCAAUAUGAAUAUGGCCACUGCAUCAGCUAUCAACAAGACUAGUAAAGAAAACACUAUCAAAUCAUCCCUGACCAUCACAAGGAAGGAGACAAGCAAAUUGGAGUCAACCCGGUUCCAUAAGGCAAGUGUCGAAGCCUCUGUCACGUAUGCGGUAAUUCCAAUAGUUCUUGAUGGCAGUCUGAAACUUGGUUAUGAAUCUACAAAAGGAACGACUUGGGGGAAAACCGAGGAAACUGAGAAGAAACAAGGGGUUGAAUACCAAGUUACUGUGCCAGCAAGAAAAAAAGUGACACUGAUUGUGACUGCAACUCAAGCUAAAUAUAAAGUCCCUUUCUCCUACACCCUGAAGGAUAAGAUGACCAAUGGAGAAGUGAGGAUUCAAAACUUUGACGAUGGCUUGUUUUAUGGCAUGAAUAGCUUUGAUCUCCGCUAUGAGACCAAAGAAGAAGAGGUCUGA